AUGCCCCAGAGCAAAUUCAUUGAAGAUCCGCUAUCAGACAACCCUUAUAGAAAGCACAUAAAGCAGUACAGUUGGCCACAAAUUGUCUCUUUUCUCACUCUGGUAGCAGUUGGAAUACCCAGAUGUGUCCAAUCGAUUAAUACGGAAAAUGGGCCUGGACGUCUUCCAACAAUCAAGAAACGGAUGGUUUGUGUGCUGAUUUUUGGAAUAUGUCAAAGUAUUUUCGGAAUGGUUUCAAUGUUUGUGUUCAAGCCGGAGUCUGAGACCCGCUUCCUGCUCGUCAGUAUCUCCCAAUUCGUCACAAUGGUUCUUGUCGGAUUGUUCGCAUUUGAGUAUCUAUUCACCUGUAUUCUUCACUAUGACUACUUGGCAAUUCCAGCCGCAAUUUCAGCCGUUGUAUUGGCUGUUGUGCUAAAAAAUUAUGCAGAAAGAUGCUACUACGGUCUCUACAUCGCAUGGAGUAUUCAGUUGUUCUCGGGAGUGUUAGAGUUAUAUCUAGUGCUUAAUAAUAGGAUUAUGGACGGGAUGUUUCAUGAAGAAUCACAAUGA